AGUGAGAACGGUUGCUCAACGGAACCAUGAGCGAACCCUGGCCGAAGCACGGACAUAAGAAAACGGCAACCGGAAGUGUUCGUCCUGGAAUGUGUUCCGUGUAGGCACAGUGUAAUGAUGGAGUGUGUGAAUAAAGCGGGACAGCUCAUGAGUCUGGCGGCUCUACAGCAGCAUGAUCCCUACAUAGUGAACCUGCUGGACGUCGCCGGACAGGUCGCGCUCUAUACCUUCAACUCCAAAGCAAACGAAUGGGAAAAGACUGAGAUUGAAGGAACAUUAUUUGUUUAUGCCAGGUCGGCGUCUCCUCAUCAUGGCUUCACAAUUAUGAACCGUUUAAGUACAGAAAACUUAGUGGAGCCCAUCAAUAAAGACUUGGAGUUCCAGCUCCAGGACCCUUUCCUACUGUACAGGAACGGCAACUUGGGCAUCUACAGCAUCUGGUUCUACGAUAAGGCCGACUGCCAGCGGAUUGCACAGCUCAUGCUCCAGAUAAUCAAACAGGAGGCGCUGCGAGUGUCUCCUGACAGAGGCCUGAUCGGCAGGACGAAUGGUUGCGUUCAGACCAGACCCACAGAUAUCCUGGAGCUGCUCAGCAAGGCUAAAGAAGAGUAUCAAAGGAAUCAGUCAUUUGAGCGAGAUGUUCAGGUGAGCUCUGAAGCUGCGCCGUCACAGGAGAAGAGAGAGGACAUCACAGCCGCUCAACACGAGAAGUCCGGUCACUCAGUAGUGAAGCAGAUCACCGUGGAAGAGCUUUUUGGCAGCUCUCUGCCCAAAGAAGCACCCCAGUCAACAAGCUCCAGUGUGGGAGACAGCAUGCGUGGGCCUGCGUUUGCCCCUCCGUCUCGCUCGGUGGAGCCUCUCCUCACUCCUCGCCUCUCUGCUGACCCAGGAGGCCCGGCGCUGGUCUCUCUUUUUCAGGGUUGUGGCACCCGAGACCCAAGACCGGCUGCUUCAAAUACGGAGGAGAGUCAGAGCAGGUCCACCAGUCAGUCUGUGCGUCGAGGUUCGGCCGGUCCGCUUCCUCCUGCGUACAUGAAUCCUCUCACAGAUGGGCAUGGGAUGCCCGUGUCACUGCCCGGGUUCAUGCCCGGCCCGCUGGUCACCCCACAGAGCUUCAGAGAAUCUGCCUGCAAAGUUGCAGGGCCCUUCACAGGAAAGGCUGCAUUGUCGGCACAGAGUAAAGAGGCGAAUGCGUUUACACAGUCCUCGACUCUGGCCAAACCCAUUCCAGCGGGGCCAGCUGUCCAGGGGGAGGAGUCUUCACUGCUGCUGUCUCCUAGUGUGUUCCAGCAUUCAAUGACCAAGACAGCCGAGCCACUGAAGAACCCCGCCUCCCCGACGUCUCCCACAGCAGACCUGCCCUCUUCCCUGUACAGUCGCACCCAGCUUAAAGAUACACUCAUACAUCUCAUAAAGAAUGAUGCCCAUUUCCUCAGUGCAAUCCAUGAGGCCUACAUUCAGAGCCUCUCCAAAGGCCUCAACAACAUCAAGUUAUAGCCACAAACUGAGAAAACUGGAGCAGUCUCAGAUUCAGCGUGAAGCUUGACUACAUCCACUACACUGACUACUGAUCGACUCUAAUGCAGCAGUUUCCCAGGAUGCUGUGUGCUCUCUCACUGAGCUUUCCCAAUUCAAACCUAAUUUAUGUCCAUCUGCCGGUCUAAUUUUUUUCAGUCAUUUUCUCUCUAUGACUCCCAGCACAAUUAUGGGCGGUAAUUAAGGGAUUGUGCAAUACGAAGCAUUGCCUCUUUGGAGAAUUGCUUUUUAUUUAUGAUCCUGCCUUAGACGUAUCGAUAUGAUACAGUAUCCCAGUCUCAAUAGUGUUUUUUUUUAGUGUUUUAUGUGCACUUAUUUCCUUUUUUCUUACAAACAUGGUUGUUUAAUUUGGCCGGAAAAUGAAUAAAGGAUAGUAGAGUUAGUGUUUUUUUUUUUUUUCUCUCUUUAUACCACAGUUGAACUAUUGUGUGCAGGUAGUAGACUCUAUAAACAUCAGCGUAUACAGUUAUGGUGGCAUGUAUUGCUUUUUAAAAUGGCAGACAGAUUGAAAUAUGAAAUGGUUUAUUUAAAGUGCGAUGCAUCAAAUCAACAUUUGUGUUCCUGAACUAAAGCGUCUUGCGUAUUCAGCUAUUUUAAGACGUCAUUCUGAUGUUCUCUGUAUCAACAGCAGGAGAACUAUAGUCUGUGUAGACAACAAGAUCAUUUAACAUAAGCCACAAUAGGUGCAUUUAUUAUAUCAUUAAAAGUAGAAUGAAUUUUCUUGCUUGCACUACUAACUACUCUAUCGUUUGUUUGUUUGUUUGUUUGACAGGAAUUUUUUUAAAAAUUCAGUUUAUGUACUUACUGCUUGUUUACACUGUUUUUUUUUUUUUUUUUAAAGCUGUACUGAAAGGAAAUUUCAUUGUUUUUUUUGUUUUUUUUUUGUGUAUAGUUUGCUUUUAUCAUGGAGAAUUGUAAAACCUCACCACAAAUUAAAGUCGUGAUUCAGUGUUGCGGAAGCUGCAAGGCUACAUACUCAUUUCAUGCAAAAAGAGGAUGAUCUGUUACAAUGGUUUGUCUUGAGUUCAUCUGCAAAUAAACUAUUGCUAUAAUUUAGAUGAUUGUUUGCAUUGUAUUAUAAGCAGAUUUGCUUUGUCAAAGUUUCACUAUAUGUUUCAAGACUUUGAUUUUUGCCUCUAAGCAUGUUUAAUAUGUUUAAAUCCUUUUUCCAUGAUCAUGGGUGCCAAAGGCU